UCCUAAUCGGGGAAGGCUCAAGUCAAGAGACGAACGCCUGCCUUACGCCUAGCGCCUUUUAGAACAUUGGGAUUUAGUAUCCAUGCUCCUACUUCGAGCGGGUUCCAGUAUACCCGAAGAUCUUCGCGGGCGGGGAUUGGAUACUCAUUAUCCGUACCCAACCCGACCCAUUGCCAACCCUAAUUACAAACAGACAGGAUCAUUGCACACGCUGCUAGGCUACCACCAAUCAGUGACACAAUCCUCGGGGGGAUAUCAUAACGGAAAGGCCCAAUACUCUCACGUAGAGCAUUGAUCCAUGCUUAGCUAUUUAUCCUACUGUGGGCCUCUUCUACACUGGAAGAAGAAGGCGCUUCUCUACCGAAAGUUAUUUGGCCCAUUUAUUAGUUGGGCCAAUUAGCUCCGUUCGGGUGAAAGGAGACGGAGAUUUUCGUUUCCAGAAUCCAAUCAAUGUCUAGAGACUUCUUCGAGUUCGAGAGACAACCGGAGGAGCAAACCCCUAAACGCUGAUUUCCAAUCGGUCUCUCUCCGACGAGUUGGUCCCCGGAGGAAGGAGGAUUUGAAUCGUCGAUCUUGUAGGUUUUCCAUUUCCUUUUUCUCUUUGGUUUCGGUUGAUUCGUUAACUUUAGAAGUUGAUUAGUUCUUGUAAAAAUCGAUACCUUGAACUAUCGAAGGAUUCCUUGAGUAAUAUGAAUAACUAUUUCUGGGAUUGUUGCAGCACGAGUGAAGUUCUUGAUUUUUUUUUCUUCUUUUUCAAUUGAGUUCUGGCAGCUGAAGCUUGCAUUUUUGUAGAGUAUUUGAUAUGCAUUUGCGGUAAAGAUUGAUUGUGCCAAAUUCGGGUAUCAUCAGUUAAGGGGAUGCUUAAUCCCUUCACUGAUUCAUUCCUUUUGGAACGUUUGGGCCUUAUGAUGGGAUACAAUAUCUGUGAAGUAGUCUCAAAGUAUUUUGGUUGAGAGUUUAGAUAGGUUUCGAUGUAGUUAAUUGUCAGUUAAUUACUUGAUUUCCUCAAUUUCCUAUUUUCUAGUAUUAUUUAGGGUUAGAGUAGUGGUGGAUUAAGCUAUGUUCGUCAUGAGAAGGGGUUUGUAAUCCCAUUUCUAUUAUGGGUUGUUUCAUAGUUUUAGCAACGAUGAUGUUCGGGUACGUUCCAUUUCCUAAUACAUGGUGUAAGGAUUGGGUAAAGAAUGGUAAGGAAGAAAUUAAACAGAUGUGUGUUGUUGUUCUCACGCUGACAGAACCCUUGUGGUGGUAGUGUGGAAAUAAUGUAAAAUAGUUGGUUUAGUCAAAACUCUGACUGAGAUUUAUCAUGUUGCUAGCCCAUUAUUAUCAUCUGCCCACAGGGCAGAGUUUAGUUUUUUAUAUGCUGCCUUGGAUGACCUGCUGAAUAAUCCUAUUUUUCCUGAUCUUUAAAUUGGGCCAGCUGGUGUUUCACUGUGACUGUUGAUGUUCAAGCUGGUCUGAUUUCUUGAGGUAUGCUGAAGUAACUGUACUCUUUUUUGGGUUGUUGUAGUUUGUACAUUGCGGCGAAAAUGGGUCGAAAAGCUGGCCAGCUAUACAUAAACCCCAAGAAGUUUGGCUCCAUGGCGAAACCAUGCAUGACCAACAUGAUAUCCUUGCUUAACUGCUUGUCUAUGAACCAGAUGAAAGAUAGCAAUUGCGUCAAGGAAAAAGAGUUGCUUAGUGCUUGCUUGGAUGCACAGAAUAGCAAAAACAAUUCCUGGGGAAGUAUCAACUACCAUCUGCAGAGGCUGAGCAAGGGAAGGAAGUGAAAGUUUUGGCUUGUUCUUAUAGUUCAUCAGUUAUGGAGAGUAUUAGCGUGGGAAGGAAAUUCUUCUGCCCUGGUCACGUCCCUCCCAACUCUUGCUCUUAUAAUCGACAUUUGCAUUCUGUUGUACCGUAAUGCCGAAUUUUGAACAUAAACUUCUGUUUCAUGGUUAUAUCCCUCCCUAGCUAGGCAUCAUAUUUAUCGGAGCUGAAUCUUUCCAUGAUUUGCCCAGUUCAAAUUAAAUUCUUAGUUUUCAGGAAUUGAAUCGCUCACACGAUCGAAUGUCUGUGUGCUUUUCUGUCUCUCUGUCUGUGCCAGUGACAACACUCAGAAGCCUGUCCUGAUAAAUGAAACAAGUUUCU